AGCCGGCUAAAAGCGAAACCCCAGCAGCAACGGCCGCCGACGACGUCAGAGACGGCAGCGCAGUCUGUUGGCGAAGAUCAGAAGGCAACGAUACAGUUCCCGGCACAGUGCUCCAAGUCCAAUGUAAAAAGCGCCAUACGUGGGAUCUGACAUGUGGCCCAUGAACUUGCAACUUCAAGAAGAAUGCCUGACUACAUUGCAUAUGCAUCUAGAUGUUUAUUUCGCUACUUGAACCGACCAAUAACUGACAGAUUCUUCGAAUCGGUUUGACGUUCCCAUCGCCUGCUCGCUCCACUGUUCCUGUGAAAUAUUAAUGUUUCUGCUUGGGCAGGCUAAGAGAUUUGGCUUUCUUGAUGGCAGAUGGCGUAGAUGGCUGACUUUGCAGGUACGAGUCAGUCAGAAAUAUGACGUCGGCGACAUCGCGCCCAGUAAAUCGCACAUCAGUGCAGUGGAGUGCCGUCUGUGGGCGCUACCUGGUGGCCCAAGAGUCGACGCCGGCCCGCAGCCUUCUCAUAGAGGAACUACCGUUUGCCAUAGGGCCCAAGUGCAAUGGACCGGUGGUAUGCCUCGGCUGCUGUCGACCCGCACCCGCAACCGAUGUGGAGGAGCUCUGCGUCCUAUGCGGCUGGCCGCUGUGCGAGGAGUGUUCCGAGAACGAGGAUAGCCCGCACGUCCAGCUGGAGUGUCGCGAGUUCCAAAUUUCUGGGGCUCGAUUCUACAGACUUCCCUCGGGCAGUAGCUACUGCCCACAACUGGACUGUAUUUUGCCGCUCAGAGUGUUGCUAGCCAAGGAGGCGAAUCCCAAGCGCUGGGAGGUCGAGGUGGCGCCUAUGGAACACCACGAGUCGGAGCGUCGCCUCAACGAGGAUGUUUGGCAUGCAGACCUCGUGAACAUAGCCCAGUAUCUGCGCGGUCCCUGCAAGCUGGCCUCGCGGUUCAGCGAGGAGCUCAUCAUGCAGGUGGUCGGAGUGCUGGAAGUGAACGCGUUCGAGGCGAGAACCGCGAGGGGAUAUCCUCUGAGAUGCCUCUAUCCCUACACGGGUAUUCUGGCCCACAGCUGUGUGCCCAACACUGCCAGGAGUAUCUAUCCCAGCGAGGGUUUCAAGAUCCGCUUGCGUGCCAUGGUAGACCUGGACGAUGGACAGCCGUUGCACCACAGUUACACCUACACCCUGGACGGCACUGCCCAGAGACAGACGCACCUGCGAGAGGGAAAAUUCUUUACCUGCAACUGCGAGCGCUGCCUGGAUCCGACAGAACUACAGACUCACUUCUCCAGCCUCAAGUGUGGCCAGUGCGCGGAGGGCUUCCUAGCGUCCAAGCAGCCCACAGAAGUCGACACUAGUUGGAACUGCUGUAGCUGCGGCGCCAGCACCAGCAACGUGGAUGUGGAGACCACAAUCAAGUCGAUCCAGUCAGAGGUCAGUGGGGUGCAAGCUCUUGAAAUGGGCCCGCAUCGGCUGGAGGAGGCUGAACGACUCCUGCGAAAGUACAAAUCUCUGCUCCAUCCGCUUCACUUCAUUGCCACUGGACUGAGGCAGCUGCUCAUCGAGAUGUACGGCCGGGUGCAGCGCUAUGAGAUGGUUCAGCUGUCAGACGAUUUGCUGGAGCGCAAGGCGGAACUUUGUCGUCAGGUGCUCAGCGUUCUCAAUAAAUUCGAGCCAGGCCUGAGUCGCUCCCGGGCCAUGAAUCUGUACGAGCUGCAUGUUCCGCUGGUACUACUGGCGAAGAGUGGGUUCAUAGCCAGCAAACUGAAUGGCGGUGAACUGCGGGCCCGUCUCGUCGACGCCAUAGACCUGCUCAAGGAGUGCGUGGAAAUCCUGCAGUACGAGGACAAGUGCUCUCAAGAGGGAGUCCUGUGCGAAGUGGCCAAACAGGCACUGAGGCAGCUCACACUGAGUGUCGAGGGAUUGGGCAGUGAACUCGACUGAUGAUUGCUUAUUAGUAUCGGUAGAUUUAUUGGAAAAUGCUCACGAGGAAAAUCUCAAUUCGGUUUCGUGUUACAAUGAAGAAAGUUGAGAGUUUAAGGCGUUGAUGAUGAAAGAAAUCGGAGGAAAUGGAAGGAAAAUAAACUUUAAUAAAAACAAAAGUCAUUGCCUCA